AUGCAUAAACACUCUCCUUCACCUCUUCAGAAGCGGCUCUCCGUCUUGGUACAACCAUUUGACACUCCUUCUCCAAUUUCACCUCUCAUCGAAGAAUUGACCCCUUCGCCGCUACAACAUUCUCCAGAACCUCUUUCCCCUCAAGAUCCAAGGCAUGAACUGACGCCCCCACGAAUAAACAGUUCUCGGCGACAGUCUUUAUUCCACAGCGAACCCAGACGCCAACGGCCCAAGUCCUAUGGUGGUGCACUCACGGUAGAAGCCCUCGAACUUGUCUUGGACUUUGAGUCGCGAAUUGCUGAGAUGGAAGCGCGUCACGCCCAAGUAUGUUCAGAGCUGGAAGAAGCUCGCGAUGCCCUCAACAACGAGCGGGCAGUCAGACGAUCCAGUCAUCGCUUUUCGACAUUGUCUCAUGCCCGUUUCUCUUCAACAUCAUCCUCUCCUUCCGAGGGACAAGGGGAGGCUGUGAAUGACGUUGAAUACGAACGACAGCUUCGCACGGAACUUCAGAGCACGCUAAAAAAGAUACGUGCACAGAAUGAAACUCUGUCUCGCUCGCUACAUGAGCAAGAAGACACGUGUUCGUCUUUAACGGCCUCACUUGAAGAGGAGCGUGGAGGACGCAAGGCUGCAGAGGAAGAGGUCCUCCGAUUAUCUUCGCUCAACCUGACUUUGUUCGAACACAACAAACUUCUCGCUGGGCGUGAUGCUGCUCUACAACAAGACUUAUCAGAGCUGAUGACCAAGGCCCAGGCCGAAGAGUAUAUGCGGACUGCGUUGGAAGUUGAACUGGCCCGUCGCACUGCUGUCUCUCCGCUUGUUGAAGAAACGGCGCAAGACGAACUAUUCCUAGCUCGGGAGGAGCUUCAAAUCACAACAGAGCAACUUUCGAUUGUUCAAGAAGAGUGCACUACGCUGCGGCAGAGGGUCGCUUUACUGCAAGAACAACUGGUCAUGUGCGUUGACUCGUCCUCACAAGCGCUAGAAUUCGAGCGGGAACUACGCUCAGACAUGGAGGAGCGGUCCCGUCUACUAUCGGAUGAGAAUACAUCACUGAAAACCCGGCUGGACUCCCUCGAAGAGGCAUUUCCCGAUGGACAUGCCCCAGACGCCUGGAUCAAGCGCUCACCGCCUAAACGGCGUCCUGUCUCUCUGCGGCUCGACAAGAAAAUCAUUUCGCCGCUGAAGCUCGACACCACCGACCGCAUCGUUGAGCGCUAUCGCCAUGUCGCUACUUCCAAGAGGGUCCGUGAACACCGAAAGAGACGCCUGACUGUGGCAAAAGUGACUAAGCGUCCCGUGGUUGCAACGACGGCGCUCAGUAUGACACCGGCGCAGAGUACCUUUGUCGUCUCGAGCUUCCCGAUCAGAAUAGUUCCACCCCGAUCACCCACAACUCCGGAGUCUAUCUGCUCAACUAAAGUCGCAUCUCCUGCUCCUUCGCAACGGACAGCGGCAUCCAAGCGUAAGCCUCCCAUGUCCGCGAUCGUUGCGGCUACUCUUUCCAAAAAGAGACCAGAGUGGUCUCUGUUCAAGGCCGAUUCGAGCAUAUUUGUUGAUGUAAAAAGCGAUAUGGACGAGCCAUUGACGCCCAUAAUCCACCAUCCGUCUCCAGUGAAACCCAGGAGGGACCUCCGUGCAUUUCUACUUCGAAGAACAGCAUCCAUCUUUGGAGAUGUUGAUGAGGUAAGUAGCAGAUUGGGAGAUGAUAACCUUGUAUAG